AUAUUGAAAAGCUUUGCCGUUGGCCCGUUGCCGACCCCUUGUCCCGCCAAUUAUAACAACACUUGAAGGUGGUUUCUGGAUAUCUGAUAAUGGAGCAUUUUAGCAGGAGUGGUGGUUUUCAGGUAAAAGAUAUUCUUCUUCUUUGUUAGAGGAGGAUCUUAUUUUCUCUCUCUGCUUUCUGGGUUGUUGUUGUUUCGGCUUGAAAGGUGAGAUUUCUAGAAAUAUUGGCAACAUGGAUGAUAUUGAUACGAGUUUCAGGCAAAAGGUGAGAUCUUUGAGCUUCAUAAUCAUGACAGGCGGUGUUAGAAGAAUUUGAUUUUCAGUAAAAACCUUGGAUCUUUCGGCUGUUUUAGGAGGUUUGUGGUUUUGGUUUUUGCAAUUUUUAGCCAAAGUUAGGGUAUAUGGUAGCUUUUGAAGAAAAUGAGGGUUUGGUUUCUGUGAGCUUCGGUCUAGUGUGAUAUACAUUAUGGGCUAUUUCUGUAUUGUCUUAUUUUCAAUCAAAAGAAUGUGAUUUUUAAGUUCUAUGUGGGAUUGUUGGGAUUCUCUCUCUGUGAAAUUUGGGUGGAAGUUUGUAGUUCUACAGUGAUUGUUGGGAUUGUUUCGAAGUAAAGAUUAGAUGUGAUUUACAGGCAAAGAUGAGAUCUUUGAGCGGUUUAGGGAUCGGUCUUAGUCUGGUUUUUGGUUGUCUCCUCUUAGCUCUUGUUGCAGAGUUCUACUACUUGCUAUGGUGGAAGAAGAGAAUCACCAAUAGGGAAAUUGAAGAGGAUUAUAGCAGCUCUACCAGAGAACUUUUCUAUCUGUUCUGUUGGAAGAAACCAUCUCCGUUGAGUUCCACGGCUCUGAACCCUCAAGAACUCUGUACUACCGUGAGAAUCACAGACGCCCAUGUCCAUGAACCAGACACUCAAGUUCACCUGCAUUCAGGUUCAAGCAAGGAUUUUAUGCUAAAACCCCUUGGAGAAGAUAGCAUGGACACAGAACUCAUGAGGCUGCAUAAUCUCUCAGGUCCCCCAAGGUUCCUCUUCACCAUCAAAGAAGAGACAAAGGAGGAUUUGGAGUCUGAAGAUGGGAAAUCUAGAGGUGAUAAAAGCCGAAAAGGGUCAAGAAGUAGGAGUUUGAGUGAUCUCCUCCUUACGGUGGAGACCCCGUUUCUGACACCUCUGUCGUCUCCCCCCUUUUUCACUCCUCCUCUUACUCCCGUGGACCGUUAUUACCACCACGGGUUCAAUCCUCUCUUUGAAUCGUCAACCGACUCAGAGUUGAACAGGAUAAGGUCUUCUCCUCCUCCAAAGUUCAAGUUCUUGAAGGACGCAGAGGAGAAACUGUACAGAAAAUUGGUGGAAGAAGCUGAGAAAAGGGCCAAGAAAAAUGUUGGGUCUGUUCAAGAUGAUGUGGUGAAAGCUCCUGCAUCAACUAUCCCAGAGGAGGAAGAUGGGUCUUUUAUCACAAUUUUUGUUGGCAAGAACGAAGAGAAAGAGCUUCUUCAUCAUCAUUUACCACAGUCCCAUUCAAGUUCUUCACAGGUUCUACCACUGGCUUCUUCCCCAUCAACGGUCAGACUAGCUAACAAGAAACCCAUGUUCCAUUAGAGUUGCAUAGAUUCAGAUGAAAUGAAAUGGGCUUUGAUGUUUCUUUUCUUCUUCUUCUUCUUCUUCUUCUUAAUUCUGUCUUUUCAAUUAAUCAUUAUUAUGAUACCUGCCUGUGAACUUAGUAGAAAAUCUUGCCUCUGGGUUCUUCUCUA